AUGAGUGGUUCUCGAUUACCUGCGACCCCAAUAUCAGGACGUAAGAAGACACUACGUUCGCAAUCAAGGGUCCCCCAAUCCUUCCCCCCUAUUACUGAGCAAGAAUCCGGCUCAGAAGCGGAGGGUGAUCAAACUGAAUACGCGAUGGCAGAGGAAGAUAUGACAACCUCUGGCUCCGCACGCGAUACUGGCAAGAUGCCAGAACGCGAGGAAUCCGAGGAUGGCACGCCCAGUCCUAUGCCGAUACCUACGCCGAAUCCUAACGGCAUGGUGACCAUGGCAGCAGCAGAUCUCAUUGCACUCUGCGAGCGACUGAUAUCAGCACGCGCGCCGCCACCUCCUCCACCUCCUCCGAACCCUAUACCAGAAGAAGAUCCGAACAUGCUGGCUCGCGAAUACCAGAAGGAAGCGCAGGCCUCGUUGAACACAAAGUCCGUCACCACGUUCGAUGGCACCAACUACCAGACGUGGAAGAUGGCGUUCUUGUCGGAUGCAGAAGUGAUCGGUGGUGCAGAUAUUCUUAAUAAGAACAACAGGAACUACCUGAGGUUAUCAUCGCUCGAUCAGCGAUAUUGGAGGGGCAUUAACCCGUUGGGACGUCAAACCCCGUCCCCAGGGAGCGCAUUAACCCGGUUGGAAGUCGAACACGCUGGACCCAACCCGUUGGACGUCAAACCCCGUUCCAAGGAGCGCAUUAAGCCCAUGGACCCCGAACCCUAUCCAACAGGUGGGGGUGGAAUGGACGUCCAUUCCAUUCAGGGCCGUAGUGGAUAUGAAAUACAACAUAUCCAAAUCAAAAGCGAUAAUUCCGCCGGGAAGGGGUUACAUUGUGGUGUCAAAGUCAAUGAGUUGAGUCGAACACGCUGGACCCUAAGCCGUUGGACGUCAAACCCGUCCAACCAGGAGUCAGAGAUGGAGAGCCAGCAGGGUGAAACCCACAUCAGAUUCAACAGCACAUGCAGUCCCAGAAUGGCCAGAAGUGUGAGCAAGAGCACAGACAACAACAUAAAUGAAAGCAUCACCAAGAAUGAGGCUUCAACUAUCUCCUCGUCCGUAGGUUUGUGCAAAAUUAGCGUGGUUUCAUUAGUGUAUAUUAUACGAGAUCUCAUUGAAUAA